AUGGUGUGGGCAAAUACAAUCCACCUCAGCUCACUGAAAUCAGUGGUUCUUUCUGAUAUCUCAACUCAUAUUUGCCCAACAGAAAGAUUAACACAUGGGUUAUCAAAAGUACAAGAAAUGAAGAUUGUUGGUUCUAAAGAGCUGACAUCUUUGUGGCGAAGCACAACUGAAUUGCUUCAAGAUAAUAGCUCCCUUUGUCGAUUGGUUAUUCAGCAAUGUCCCCAACUUCUGUGCGUGGUGGCAGGGGAAGAACAACAACAACAACAGCAGCUUGGGAUGCCUUGCAGACUUGAGUAUCUGGAAUUGAAUGAAUGCAUGCGCUUUGAAAAGCUACCAAAAGCAUUGUGCAGCCUUAGUUUUCUUAAAGAAAUAUACAUCCAAGACUGCCCAAAACUCGUUUCUUUUCCAGAGAUUAGCAUGCCCCCCAAGCUAAGAAUCAUCGGAAUUGCAAAAUGCAAUGCACUGAAAUCGUUACCUGAGGCUUGGAUGAACAGCAACAAUACAUAUCUUGCAAGCUUGUCCAUUAAAGAAUGCGAUUCUUUGACAUAUAUAGCCAAAUUUAGGCUUCCGUUGAAUCUGAAAUGGCUAUCUAUCAGCUGCUGCAAUAGUUUAUGCACUUUGAUCGAUGAGGAGGAGACUACUGACAGUGAAACCAACAGCAACAGCUCUCUUCUAGAGUACUUGGCAAUGGAAUAUUGUCCAUCUCUCACAUCCUUGUGGUCAAAAAGUGAGUUACCUGAUACACUUGAACACAUUGAGCUUUCCAGGUGCUCAAAUCUUGCUUCCUUGUCAUCAAGAGGCAAUCUACCCAUGGCACUUAAAGACCUGAUGGUUUACGACUGUUCCAAGCUAGAAUCAAUUGCAGAAAGAUUGCUGAAUCUCACAUCUCUUGAACGUAUCAGGAUUUCUUGUUGUGAUAAUCUUGCAUGUUUACCUCAGGAUCUUCACAAGCUCCGCCAUCUUCAAGAGAUGACUAUAUCUCGUUGUCCAAAUCUUGUUUCCUUUCCGGAAGGAGACUUGCCUUCCGGGAACCUGAAAUUGCUCCGCAUAUACAGCUGUGAGAAACUGAAGGCCCUACCCAACCGCAUACACAAUCUCACUGCACUUAAAAAUUUAUCAAUAACAGAUUGUCCAAGCAUGGCCUUGUUCCCUGUCCAUGGCUUUCCGAUCAGCCUUGCAUCACUUGAAAUCGAUGAUUUGGACAUCUUUAAACCACUGUUCGAUUGGGGCCUCUACAGACUCACUUCUCUUAGAGAUCUCAGGAUUGGUAAGGGAUGCCCAGAAGUGGUGUCAUUUCCACAAGAAGAGAUUGGAAUGAUGCUUCCGACAUCUCUAACCCAUUUGAAAAUUGAAAAUUUUCCGAAUCUGGAACGCCUGUCAUCUGAUAUUCAGAAUCUGACUUGCCUGGAAGAACUCUCCCUUUCUGCAUGUCCUAAGCUCAAAUUUCUUCCUGAGGAUGGCCUGCCUUCCUCUCUUCUGAAACUAAAUAUCAAUAAAUGUCCAUUGCUCAAACAAAUGUGCGAAAAGCAUAGAGGACAGAAUUAUUGGCCAAUGAUAGCACGCAUACCUUACGUUUGCAUUGAUCUGAAUUUCAUACCGGCAUACGGACCCCCACGGUCAAUAUUGAUCUCCCACAACCUGUUCCCGAGGAGACAACAUCUAGGCCCUUUUCAAAUCCAGGCCCUUGCACAGAAUCUUAUUUUGGAGGAACAAGAACAGGCUAUUCCCUGUUGCAGUUCCUAUUGA